UUUUCCAUUGUAAAUUUAAAACACGCGCACAACAACACUGUUGUGCGUGUGUGUGCAGGAUGACAUGCAGGAGGGUGAGAGAGCGCGAGGUGAGGUUUGAGAGAGAGCGCGAGGUGAGAGGGAGCGAGCGAGCGAGAGAGGGAGGGGAUUGAGAGACGUCCCCUUCUAGGCAGUGUUGGCAAGUGUCUUGCUGGCUUUGACUAAGAGAUGACACAACUCAGGGUCUCUAACGUGGCAAUAAUAAAACAGACAUCGCAACCGAGGGUCUAUAUUUCAAAUAAGCUUGUUUAGCUCGGUUCCAUCUCGGACUUGUCUAAUAUAUCCGACCGACUGGGAGGAGAGAGAGACGGUCUAAUUGGUCGUCACUGGAUGUCAACUUGAGGACAACGGGCUUCUGCAGGCUCAGCACGCACACACAGACACGCACGUGUCUGUGUGUAGUGAGUGUGUGUGAUCAGACCCUGGACCUCGGCCGGGUGCUAUGGUGAGGCGAUGCCGACGGGCUGGAGCGAGGAGAGAUGUGACGGCGCCGCUGGGACCGCUGGCCAACGUAGCCCAGCGUCCCCAACCUCAUUCUGGCUGCUGUGCUCCUUCCUCCUGUCCUCCGCGGCCUGGCGCCCCCUCACCGCCGACGACCCGUGCCCCGAGAAGUGCCGCUGUGACUGGGACACGGCCACGGUGUGGUGCUCCGACGCGGGCCUGGCCGAGGUCCCGUCCGGCCUUCCGGCGGAGACCGUGGCCCUGCACCUGGAGAACAACUACAUCCGGCUGGUGCCCGAGGCCGCCUUCGCCGAGCUGCCCCUCCUGCGGGACCUCUACCUGUCGCACAACCGCAUGGAGACGCUGGCGUCGGGGGCCCUGCGCCACCUGGGGCCCGAGCUGCGGCUGCUGGACCUGUCCCACAACCAGCUGAGGCGCGCCAGCCGGCAGGACUUUGGGGCCACGCGCGCCAAGACGCGGCUCUUCCACAACCCGUGGCACUGCGACUGCGCCCUGCAGGAGCUGGUGGAGGCGCUCAACCUGGAGCCCGAGACGGUCAACGGCAUCGUGUGCGAGACCUCGGUGCGCGGCGGGGGAGGCGGGGAGGGGAGCCGCUGGGAGGAGCCCCCAGGGGCGCAGCAGCAGGGGGAGCACGCGGGCCAGCCGCUGGUCAAGCUGCUGGACGCCGGGGUGAACUUCUGCAGCAUGCAGCGCAAGACCACCGACGUGGCCAUGCUGGUCACCAUGUUCGUGUGGUUCUUCAUGGUGAUCGUGUACGUGGUGUACUACGUGAGGCAGAACCAGGCCGAGUCCCGGAGGCACCUGGAGUACCUGAAGAGUCUGCCCAGCCCGAAGAAGGUCCCCACGGAGACGGACACGCUGAGCACCGGGUUCUAGGCCAAACCCGGCGGGGGUGGAGGGGGUUGGAACGAUUGGGAUUGAUCCAAGGAUUCUGGGGAAUGCUGAUAUCUUCAGCCUCUCCUAUUUGGAUGGAACCAGUCCAGUUGACUUGGCAGGCAAGACAUGAAUUUGCCCUUUAGACUGUUUCUAUGGUGCCCACAGGGGUUUUCUUUUGUUGUCAAGAUAAAUUGCUCAUGUGCUGUUGUUUUAAAUUACAUUUCAUAAUUUCCCGGUGAAAGACAGACUCCCUUUUCACAUGAGAAUUGGUGAGAUCUUAGCAAACAGCCUUUUAGCAGCUGCGUGAUCGAUUCCUCCCUUUUUCCUUUUGGUCCGUUCCUUUCUUCUUUGCACGCGGCUUGUCCUUUAAUCUCCCAGCGUUGAGCCAACCGUACGUCCGCUGUUCUGGCUCACUGACCGCCAACAAGCACCUUUACAAGAGGAUGAAAUGGACCGAAAGUGCCUCACACACAGACACCCAUACAGGGAGACCGGACGCUGAUUUGGAGGUGUUCAGGGUAGGUGAAUGGGAUGCGCUGGGGGGGAUGGCCUGUCGGUAGCAGCAAGAUUAAUUUAAACAACAGCAGGCAUUGUUUUGGCCAAGAACUAAAAGGAGGAGUUUUUUCUCAUUACGACAACCUUUAAGAACAUAGACCUGCAGUAAGCUGAAGGUUUUACCUCGUUAAAUUCACUGAUGAUUUUUUGCUGCUUGUGAAUAUUUUAUUGUUUACCUCAUUUAUUAUUUCAAUAUAUUUUUUAAUUUCAAGGUCAUCAGGCUAGUCAUGUAUUUUCAAAUGAGUUUAAUGUACAUUUUGGAAAGCCACUCAGGAUUGUGAAUUAUGUUCAGACAAAGCUGUAGCAAAUCAGCUGUCAUUGUUUUGAAGGAGAAUCUGCAGCUUGCCAUCCUUACAGCUUUAUUCAAAUUAAGACCACAUUUAGAAAUGGUUCAAUUAUUGCCAUCUUUGGAGGCAAUAUUAACAAGGUCUUUAUAAUUGAGUGUCUCUCUGCUAAUGGAAAUCAUAAUUAAUCCCCUGAGUACAGUUAUUUAUGAGCUGCACUGAGUGGAACUACCAAUUGGUCUUUCUUGGUUUUGUUGACACACAUUUUUCCCAAAGCCUUAUUCUUUCUGUCGUGAGUUAUCACCAAUGAAUGAUAUUCUCUCAUAAACUUAACUUUACACAAUCUUUAUUUGAUAUUACAGAUUAUAUUUAUAUAGAUAUAUCUAUAUCUAUAUCUAUAUCUAUCUUUUUUAAUUGCACUUACAUCAACACUGGUUUAAUUAAAAUUGGUAAAUUGCAUAACAUAACAUCAAUACUAUUCUAUAUACUUUCAUACUCGGCCAGGCACUGACAAAUCUUUUGAUGGCCUUUGGCAUUCCAAUGUUAAUACAAAUGUCUCAAAGGGUGUUUUGCAGGACGGUGAUCGCUUGCAUGUCGCGUCAGGUCUCUCUAUCAGGUGAUGAACUAAUAGUUGUGUACAGUUACACCCUUUACAACGUGUUAGCAAAUGUAGCAGAGCAACUCUCUAUUCCAUUGUCCUAUGUGGUGAACUGGAUUGGUACAAGUCUUCUAUUUAGGAUCAUAGUUUAUGUAUACAAUGUUCCUGUCCUAUAUGUGCUGUUUUUUUUCUGCAUUCAAGUAAAGACAGCAAGUUGCUUGGCCGUGGAAGUUGGUGUUGUUGUUUAGAUGAACAUUUACUAUGAAUUAGUAAUAAGUAGACACAACAAUAUUACUGUCACGGUAAAUGGUUUAACUGCAGUCCAGGGUGUAAAACAGAGGUGAGGUCAAGUUUGGGAGAUCCAAAUCUUGUCAAGCAUACAUGGUCGGUCAAGGAGCUGAGGGUAUUUUAUUGUUUUGUUGUUCAGAAUAAAAAAUCCAAUUGCUUCGGAAAGCAAUUUCACACAAAAUAAUAAAUGAAUUGGAAAAAAAAACCAGAAUAUCCAUGAUAUUCAACACACGGCCUGCUUUAGUCCAUUGUGAUGCUUUUUUUUAUUGCUUAGCUGCCAUUAAAUUAAAUUUACAUAAAGAAAUAUGUAUGAUGAAAUAAAGAUGGAAGCAAAGUGUGUGGACCAUAGUCAUCAGCACGGCUGUGUUUUUUUACUCUUUCACAGUACCUCACUCCAAUAUAAACAGAAAGAAAACAUGCAUCAGGUAUAAGAUAUCCUUCAGUCCUGCUUCGACUUCCAUCCCCACCAUCUUUGGACUCAAUCCAAGUGCUCUGACUGCUUGAAUGCCCUGAGCCCUUAAAAAGUGCAGAUCGGCCACCCCAGAAAGACCCUUAAUGGAGGUAACAUGCAUCUUAAGGGCAGCUUUAUGUUUAACCUCCUGUAAAAAGCUACACCAAUUCCUUCCCUUUAAAAUUAAAAAAUGCAGGGAUAGCAAAGAAAAGUCACUUCAGUCCAUCACUUGUUUUUGUCUUUUAUUUCCAAUUUACAUUAAUCAAAACGUAACAAAAACAAUGUCAUGAUCACCAUCAUCAUCGUCAUCAUCAUAAUAAUGCUAUUAUUAUUAAUAAUAAUACUAUUAUUAAUAAUAAGAAUAUACACAACCUCACACAAAUGCACCCUGUGCCCUGGCCAAUAGGGUGCUCCCUUCUCUUUGGGGAAGCACUGGAUUGCGUUACAAUGAGCGACUGGGUUUCAUCCAGAGGCCUCUCACUGUGAUUCUGCGUGCCAAGGCCGAGGAGGCUUCUUGUGUGAGGUGACCGCUAGGGGUUGAUGGAAGGAAGUGGAUGGGGUCGAAGGUCAUGGUAGAGGGGCUCUUGCAAUCAGGCUGUUGCACAACACGGGUCCCAUUGAAAUUUGUGUGAAAUAAGCCAAAUUUCUUACUUUUUUCUUUUUGCUCUUGGUGUGAGGUAGCUUUAAAAUAUAAAAAAAUAUUACAAAUAUAGGAAAUAAACAAAUGUAAUUUAAUGAAGGAAUCAUUUCCGAAUUGGUCGUCUUUGUUUUUAGGAUUUUUUGACAGCAACAUUUAUCAAACUGAAAUAUAAAAUCCCGGUAUAAAAUGUACUUUCUUUCUAUAUAUGUGUAUACAUGUAUGUACAUAUGUAUGCAUGUGUAUACACACAUACAACAUUCAUGUAGCUACAUAUCAGCAUCUGGUUGUUAAAAAAUACAGACUGUUUUAAAACAAUAGCACCAUUGACUUUAUUAUAAUACACAAUCGCCUUCUGAUACACACUGGUGGCAGAAAUAAAAACACCUGCAUUUAAUAAACAUUGCCAGAUUCUUUUGUUUUUACGAAAAAGAAGAUAUGUUUGUUUUAGUGGAUAUGCUGAAGGAGAGAGAAGGAGAGAGAGAGAGAAAGACGGAGUUUAGGAUGAAGAGAUUAGGAAAUAGGACAGCAGCAGGGAAUAUAGGGGCCUUCUUUCUUUAAUAUGAAGCUGUGAGCACGUUUGUUUGUUUUUUUCCCAUCUUUCUUGUAUUCUUUUUGAUUUGGUGGCAUGCUCAGUCCUAACACACCUGGGACCCGGACCUAAACAAUAAAUAAAUAGCACCAACAAUCA